AUGGCCUCAGUCAGCGCAACGAAGCCCCUUAAACCGCGCAAGGACUGCAGCGCAAUCCACAAAAACAACAGACAAAACAUAAGAAAACCAAAUCUAAACCGCCCAAAGAAGCGGAACAUAGUACGAUGGAAUCAGACUCUAAACAACAGACUCCUCCUCUGUAUCCAGAGCGCCUGCAACACCAAGAGCAUCAAACUGCCAUGGGAAACAAUUGCAGAGCUGAUGGGAGGUAGUAUCUCAGAUGGAGCAAUUACACAGCAUCUCACCAAGCUUCGUGCGAGGCUGGAAAAGGAAGGGGAACAGGUGCCGCCACCUUUGAAACGUGGGGGAGCAACCGUUGUUGGGAGCGCGAAUAGUAACGAUGGACCAAAAGGUUCUACGGCGACUAAGUCAGGUUGUGCCAAUAUGAGAAUUGACGAAUGGAGUGAUGGUGAUUGCGAUGUUGAUUCGGAUGAUUCAGAUGAUUCGGACGAUGGUGACGCGGUGGUUGCUGCGUGCUUGAGAAACACGUACAAUCGCAGCAACGACAGCAACAGUAACAUCGAGAAGGAAGACGACGCGGACGCAGGUGGUGAAAUUGGCAAAGACAACAACAGCGAAAGCAGUAGCGAAUACGUUGCUGCAGGAGCCAGUUUCCUCCAAUUCCCAAACGACGGUGCUGCGUCGUUGGUGCCGAGUUACAAAUGCAAUAAUCACGACCACGCCUAUAAAAACCAGGUCCAGCCAAAAGGCAAUGCUGGAUCAAAAGCCAAGUAUAAAGUUAGAGUUCAAAACCACACAGAAACUACUUCAUUGAGUGGGCGUUCGCCGCAGCAGAAAGUUGUUAAGCUUCGUAUACCGAAGGGCAGCACGGACAAUUGUGGCAGUAAUGGUGCUGUGGUGGGUGAUGGUAACGGUCAACAUGGCAAUGGCAAGGUCGAUGCUCUUGGACGCCGGUUUCCGGGUCAAAAUACUAGUCCCGCAUCAAGGGAGACAAUGUUGAGUAGCCCUGCAGGUACCGUUGAUACGGACGUGAGGAAUAUCCAAACCAUGAUACAGGACUCCGGGGCAGUUGGGCAUCCGCACCAACAGCACUACCACCAUCACCAGUCCCCGUAUGGCUGGCCCGGAUCCAACAGUAGGUCCCCGCAUGUAUCCCCGGCGGAAAUGUUCCGGGGGCGCGGUCACCAUAUCGAUUCUGCCAACCACAGGCACAACAGCCACAUGGCCAGUACCGGGUUCCAGCAGGAAGGCAAUUCUUUGAGCAUGAGGCAGGACGCCAUUAUAGGAAUGGGGCACAGCGCCACUCCAAGAUACCAUGACAAUAUACGUAUGUACCCGAAUAGCGGCAUGCUGCCGGCCCACUCACUGCCCCCACGCAAUCGGCUCAUUCCCAUCUCGACUCCCACACAAGGAGACUAUUCAGCCGAAGAAAUGUGGCAUAAUAGCCAUAACAAUAACCCACAUGUGCAUAGCAAAAACCCAUAUCACGUUGAUAUUACAAACAGCAAAAGGCCACAUCAUUCCGCACACGACCACGAUCCACCCACGUACACAUCUCCACCAACCAUCCCAUACCGAUACAGAACUGAUACCGAACCCAGAACUAUCGGGGGAAGUGAGAUCGCAGAUCUCUCGUCCGCAUCUCCCGCCCUGGUAGAGCAUACACAGAUACCUGAGCAGCAGCAGCAAAAACAACACGAACAGGUCCGGGCGACAGAUGCUGCAGCACUAGCAGACCAAGCCGCAAUAAUGGAUGGAUUGAGCAACUUGCCUCAGAUAAAUAAUUUUGACGUUGAAUUCGCCCAGAUGGGUGGGGGCCAUGUUGAGGACCUGUUUGGCGCGUAUGGGUACGACGAAGCGUGGCUCUAA